CACUUGAAAAUGCCCGGGAUGGACGUGUUUGUGUUUCUCCCUCCCUUCCCAUCUUUGUGUCUGAAGAAGAACGAGGAACUUCUCUAGGAUUGAAGAAUCAAGCCAUGGCCAGAGGUGUGCUACUGUCCCCCUCUUCCUCCUGUGAUCCACAGGCACAGGAGGAGCUGAUGCAACUGGAAGAGGAAGAUUUAUGUGCGGCGAUCGAGGAGUUCGCAAGGCCCGCGAGGAUGGAGACCAUCUUCGAGUCGUUUGAAGACGAGCCGGUGGAGCCAGAGAUGCUGUCCAGCCCUGGGGUAGCAGCAGAUGAUCGAUCAUCUGCUGUGGGAUAUCCGUCCCGCCAAGAGAAGGAGCUUGAUCGGGAGAGCAAGGAUGUGGGCAUGGUAGUGAUGCAUGAUCACGGCAAUGUCAAUGUGGCAUCGACAUGGUCCUCGUCGUCGACAUCCUGUUCUUCACCAUCCUCUGCCUCCUCCUCGCCCAGACUCCUCCUCCAGCAGAGCGUCUUGGCAUGGUGUGAGGCCACCGGAGCGGUAGCGAGGGUGAGAGUUCAUGUCCAAGGCGCGACCUUUGAGCUCCACGAGCUGCCGCUGGUGUCAAGGAGUGGGCUUCUGCGGCGAGUGCUCCAGUCGAAGAAAGCGAGCGGAGAGGUGGUAGAGGUGGAGCUGGGUGGCGACUUUCCUGGCGGCGCCGAGGCAUUUGGGUGGGCGGCGGCGUUUUGCUACGGCGCUCACAUCGUGGUGGAGCCGAGCAAUGUGGCCAUGCUGCGCUGCGCUGCCGAGUACCUGGAGAUGAGCGCGGAGAUGGGUCGGGGCAGCCUGGCGGAGCUGUGCGACAUGUACCUCACCAAAGUGGCGCUCCAGAGCUGGGAGGGCAGCAUCGGUGUUCUUGCCGCCGACAUCCAACGCCUCCUCCCGCUCGCCGACGAGCUCCUCAUUGUCACCCGCUGUGUCGAUUCACUCGCCUCCAUCGCUUGCACCCAGCUGGUGGACGACCAAGAAUCCAUUGCAGCUCCGGAGUGGUGGAUGCAACAGCUGGUGGAGCUCCCAUAUGCCUUGUUUGCGAGGAUCGUCGCUGCCACCCGGAGGCAAGGGAUGGCGGAGCGCGUCAUCGGGCAGCUCAUGAUCAAGUGCGUGGAGAGGUGGAUAUUUGGUCGUGGCGACGCGGACCAGCAGCACAAGAACAGGGACUACUACUUGUGGUGCGGCAGCCAGAGGCUGGAGAAGCUGGAGCAAAGGAGCGACAAGUGCCGGCUGCUAGAGUCCAUGGUACGCUUGCUGCCCGUGGAGAAGCAGCAGCUGCUCCCGGUGAGCUUCCUCUUCCGGCUUCUGCGGCAUGCACUGGGAGUCGGCGCUAGCACGGAAUGCCGGCUCCAGAUAGAGACCCGGAUUGCCUGUCAGCUGGAGCUUGCGAGCGUGGACGAUUUGCUACUGGGGCUGCCACUCAAGGAUGGUCGGACGUCAAAGGCUCAGCUGGAGAGUGCCCGCCAGAUUGGUUCGCUCUUUUUGCAGCAGCAGCAGCAGCAACAACAAGAUGAUCGUAAGCAAGGUGGUGGUGGAAGUCAUGUGUUUAGCAGCAGCAGGGACGAAACACUGCUUUUCUUCACCAACAUUGAAGCAGUGAAUACCGUUUCCAAGAUCUGGGAUGGUUAUUUGGAGUAUCUGGGAUAUGAUCCAGGGAUCAACCCUGUCACCUUGUCUGACCUCAUUGACGUCUUCCCGGCUUGUGCUCGGACAAGCCACGACCAGCUCUACAAGGCGAUCCAUGUCUACUUGAAGUCCCAUCCCCAUGUAACACACUCGGAGCGACUGCUCGUGUGUAGGAGCCUCAAUUGCCAGAAGCUGUCCCAAGAGGCGUGCAUUCACGCCGUGCAAAACGAGCUCAUGCCCCUGAGGACUAUCGUGCAAGCUAUGUUCAUGGAGCAGCUUCAGAGCCGCCAUCACUCGUCGCCAGCACCGCCAGUGCCCCCCAGCGGAGAGCUUCCCAGCCACGACACGUCUGUUGCUUGUUCUAGUCCCGAGCCUUGCAAAGACAUCCGUGUCUCAUCCUCCGUAGCCACCACCAACACAAACGGCAGGAUCGCGGCCGAGGCAGCUCCGAAGAGAUCAUCCAGCCAUCGGUUCCACCGCGAGCAGUUCAGCGGCUCCACCCAGGCGCAGCCCGAUGAUAGUAGCAAGUGCCCUUCGUCCGACUUCCCUUACGUCGUGGAUUCUCAGCACAACACCAGGGCCUUGUAUGUCAACCGUGACUUUGAAGCAGCCAAGUCGCGACUCAAGCACCUCGAGAAGGAGCUUGCGCAGGUGAAGAAGACGCUGCAACAGAACAAAUGCCCGGGCAUGGAGCACUUAAACGCAAGCGGCCCCAAUGCUCACAAGAAGGCCUCCUACUCGACAAACUGUAUAGGCCAAAUGUUGCACAGCCAACGGGCCGGCAUCAACUUUGGUCACAGGCUGCUCAAGACUUUUAAAAAGCUCGGGCUGGGGAGCUUGUGGAGGGGCAAAUACAAUGCGUGCUAUGACGUUAGCAAUACCACCACCACCUCCACCGACGUGGACGAAGAGGAACAGCACCGCUCCACAUUCACAAGUAGUACUAAUGAGUUUGAAGCUCUUCCUGCAAGAUCCGGUACGAGGCCCGCCACUCCAAACAACAAUCUAUCCAGUGGCCAAAGGCGUCCUUGCCAGCACCAUCGCAGUCACUCUGUUUCUUGAGCUGAAGUAUCUCUCGCAAGCAAAGCAAGCGCUCAGAUUGACCAAACUCAAUUCAAUGAGUGCUAUUUUGGUGGUAUUAAAAGCUUGCUUGGUAUAUCACAAGCAAUGCAGGAGCAGGACGGACGGAUGGACGGCGAACGAGCUCGUGUCAUUUCUUUCCCUGCCAUGGCCAAUUUUUAUUGUCGAACAGUGUGUGAAGCAUCGCCCUUGGAUGUUGCAAUGAACUUUAGCUACCAGGAUUUUCGGCAGGGAUCCUGCCUGAUCCUGGCGAAUGUGAAUUGAGUGCCCGUGAUGUUGAACCGCCACAAACAAAAGAUCUUCUUUACUUGAAAUUUUGGCUUAUGGGAAGUUGCUUUCAAGCAUUAAAGAUCGUCUCGUUGCUUUGUGUAAGACAGUACACGUUAAGUGUCCGCGUCCAAUCCAUCCACCUCCAAGUG